AAUUAAAUUAAAGCCUCACAUGUCUCAGAUGUAUUUAUCUUAAUUAAAUUAACCCCCUCCCCCCACCUCUAUAUAUAUACUCUCAAUAUUUCCAUCGUCUCAUCGGAUCAAAGCAUACACAAAACCAUGGUGGAAAAGAAAGUCACAACGAUGGUGAUUAAGGUGGUUGACCUUGGAUGCGAAAAAUGCCACAAGAAAAUCAAGAGAGUACUGUGUGCUAUCCCUCAAAUCCAGAACCAGACAUAUGACAAGAAGAAAAACACGGUGACAAUCACUGUGGUGUGUUGCUGUCCUGAGAAGAUCAUGAAAAAAAUAUACUGCAAAGGAGGUCGAACUGUCAAGUGCAUUGUUAUACCUCCACCACCACCACCACCUCCACCACCACCUCCACCACCUCCUCCUCCACCACCACCUCCACCACCUCCACCUCCACCUCCACCUCCACCACCUCCACCUCCACCUCCACCUCCAACAUGCCCAUGUUGUGAAAAAUGCCGCCGAGGCCCAUGUUGUCAUCACUUUUGUAUGCCAACAGUACCUCCAUAUUGUCCUGUACCUUGUAGAAGGUCAUAUGUACCUUGUAGAAGGUCAGAGUGUGAUAUAUGGGGAGAUGGUUGUUGUAGUUGCCGAAGUAGGGGUUACUAUGUGUGCAGAAGUUUAUAUGUUUAUGAAGAGUACUACUAUCCCCCGACAUGCAGAAUCAUGUAAAGGGAAAUCAAGUUCAGAAGACCGAUGGUUUGAGUCAACGUCCAAGAUCAAACAUUGGAUUCAAAUCCAGUGGUCAUGAUGGACCUUAGUACUGUUGUUGUAUUUAUAUCAUCCCUUUUGUGUUGCUGCUGUUGUUUUGACCUCUUUCAUCUAGCUAGAUGAUGCACGACUUUGUGCCUAGCUAGUACUCUCAAGUCAAUGGUCACAGUUUUUCCAUGGUUGAUGGCUUCUUACAUGUUUGGUCAGCAAAUAUUGUUAAAUGGCUUGUUACAUCUAGAUUCAAAUCCUAGUCUUUGUUUUUUAUGCUCUCUUAUCUUUGUUUUAAAGGUCAUGAUGGGCCUUAGUGUUGUUGUGUUUAUAAUAUCAUCCCUUUUGUGUU